CUCGUGCAACACAGCUCAAUCUUUGACAGAAUCUGAUCUUCAUCAGAGAAAGGUUCAAAGAAGAAAAUUGGAAAAAUAGCAAAAAUAUUUUGCACUUAUUAUAAUAAUCAUUCAAAUGGUUUAUUCAGUAUGGAUAUCGCGUUGAAAGUGGUGGUGAGGAUAGUGCCGCCGGAAAAGCAAAUUUCUUCAAACGCGGAGCAUCAACAGCUUCCUUCAAAGCUACCAUCGGACCAUCGAAGCGACGACGACGAUGGGUUCGACGAGAACCACAUGCAGCAGCGUGGAGAAAACGACGAAUCGUCAGUGGUUAUUUCGUCUGGUAAUUCUGAUCGAUCAUUCAAAUUUUCGCGUGUCUAUCGCCGAUAUGAGGAUUUACGGUGCAUCUACACGGAAUCUGUUGCUGGCAUCACAGAAACGGUGUUAGAAGGGUACGAUUUUUCGAUUGUUUCGUACGGUGAUACGGGCAGUGGAAAAAGUUACACUCUUUACGGGAAUGCAGCAAGUGAAGGGAUUGUACUGUGUUUCAUACAGGAUCUAUUUUAUCAGCUGAGUAAAAAUCCCGACCGCAUGUACUCGAUUGGGGUGGCCUGGACAGAAAUUACCAGCGAUGGCGAUGUGGUUGACGUUUUGGGAACAGCAUUGAUGCAAUGUUUCACAAUCGAAGAGAUUUACAAUUUGCUCAGCCUGGGUUUACACAGUAAGAAUCCGGAGAACCAUAAUAUACUGAGUUUAAUAUUGGAACAGCAGUGGACUGCACUGAAUGGAAUGAAUCAGCACAGGCAAUCGACAAUUAGUUUUUGUGAUCUUACCGGAACUGAGCGAGAGCAAGUGGAUGGAAGGAGGUUACUCAAGGAUUCCGGAUUGAGGAAGUUGGAAGACAUUGUUCACAAGCGUAGCGAUGAUUACAAUGAGUCUAUUUUGACAGCUUUUCUGAAGGACUCUUUUGGGGGCCGUGCACAAACAUUGAUUUUGCUUUGUAUUAAAGGUGCCGAGCUAGAACAGAGUAUCGAGAAUUUAGAGUUUGGUGAAAAAGCGCAAGACAUUGUGAACCACGUUGUUAUGAACACGUUUUCCGAUAAUAAUGUUCCGUUUAUUGCGCUGAAUGAAGAUAUUCACGCGGGGAUGCCUCAACCAAACUGUGAUGGUUUGUACUAUGCCUCCCAGCAGUGGGCCAAGCUACUGAAGAAUGCUGAAAGUCUUUUCAAUAAGCUGUUCAGUGCCUGUGAGCUAUCUCAGCAGGAACGAAGUCAGAUUGAAGAAUGGCUCUAUCUGAAAGCAGAAUGCGAUGAAUGUUUCAGCUCGACAGACAUCAGUAUUACGACCGGCAAUCCGCCGACACGGGUUUGCCUCGGACCGAUCGAAGAAAUCGAUGAAGGAGAUGAUACUCUACAAAACAGUGACAAAGUUAACAUUAGCGAACAAUGCAACUCGGAUAAUGAAAGUGAUUCUGAUAUCUGCACUCAUCUGACGGAUGUGACCGAUCGUAUCCAGGGUUACAUGAAAAAUUUUCAGCUCAAAACGAAUAAUUUGAUCAAUGAUAAGUACAAGGAAUUCUUCCACGCCCACCCAAAAAUGAUAGACGAUUUGAAUGAGGAAGUGCGUCAGCAGGAGAAGAAAAAACUGCUUGCCGGAAGUGGAACGGUUCAUCAUAAUCCUGGCCGUAGGAAAUCUAUUUAUGAUGUUGAUUCCAUCAGUAGUAACGAGUUGUCGCUGAUGUCUCAACUUCGCAGUAACUCAACCACGUCACUUGCGCCAGUAGCGAUCAACAGUAAACGGUUGGAUACACUGAACAACAAUCUACGUAUUACGAUGGUCAGCAUCGAGUCAUUGCGCGUUCAGAUCGAAGAGAUUCGACGCACAAUCGCACUUAAGCAAAAAUAUAUCUCCGAUCUGAUUGAAAACAGUGAGACCCGCUCUGUAGCCAAGUCUCGGUUCAAUAAAAAGAAACGCAACCUGGAAGAUGAGUAUGAAAAGGCCAAGAAGCAGCUGGCGAAAGCCGUUGUCAAUGGGGUCGACAAAAAAGAAAUUAAUCAUCUCAAAAGCAAAACUUCUCAGUUGGAGCAAAGAAUGAAAGACCUAGAAUCGAUCCGGUAUAUCGCAGGGGAGUCCGGUCAAAAGAAGAAGAAACUGCAGCAAUCCAUCAAAGACUCACAGAAGCAGCUGGAAAUACUGCAAAAGUUGCUCAAAAAAGAAAUGGAUAAAAAAGAAUCGAUCGAGAAGGAGAUAGAGGUGGUGAAGCGGGAGAAGACGUCUAAAAUCAGUGCCAUUCAAGAGAUUAGUGAGGGUAAGAGCAAAAUUAAAAAAAUGAACGACAGAAUUUCUCAGAUUGAGCAUGUUCUCAAAGAGAAAUCGAGUAAUUUGAAGAAAUAUGUUAACAAAAAAGAAACGGAGAAAGAUUCUCUGCGACAAGAGAUUAAAAAUUUACGAAUAACCAGAGAUCUUCAGCUGGAACAAAGGUGCAAUUUGGAAAAGAAAAUUAGAGAAGAGGAAUUGCCUUCGUUUGACGAGGAACGCAAACUGGUAGAAUGUGAGGAAGCAAUCGAAGCGAUUGAUGCCACUAUCGAGCUAAAAAACGAGCAGAUCUGUGGCCGAAAAAGUAUUGACACAGACGAAAGUUUACAGCGUGAGCGUGGAGAACAGAUGUUGAUGGCUCGUUUAAACAAAUUGUCCUCAGAUGAGAUGAGAACUUUGCUCUAUAAAUACUUUCAGAAAGUAGUUGAUCUCAAAGGUAGCAGCCGGAAGGUUGAAAUGCAAUUCAUAGCUCUCGAGCGGGAACGAGAUGCGUGGAAGUGGAAGGAAAAGAUCCUGACCAAUCACAUACGCCAGGAGCGAUUGGAGAAAGAACGAUCCAUCAUUGCUAUGCAGAAGCAGCACGAAACAAAAGUGAACCUGAUGUUGCGCCACUUUGCAGCAGACACUUCUGCAUCCAUGACCAGUUCCGCCCCUGAAAAUGCGCUGUACCCGUACUCUCCUAGCGGUGAUUUCGCGAUUAUUCCCGGUUCCAGUCGCUAUCAUCACCAUCUCGCUUUGGAUUCGGACAGCGAGCCAAUAUCACAUCAUCAACCGCAUAGCAAACAUCUGACUCAUUUCAAAACAGGAAACGUAACCACAGCGGCAGCAACAACCGUUCAACCGCUGGUAGAAAAAGACCGUAAGAAUAAACUUCUCUCCAAGCUACAGGUUUUCACACGCUAUCAUGGAGGUGCUGGCAGUAGCAGUACAGAUAAACGUAAAAUGCUUCAAUCGGACAUCCCCCAGCAGAACCUGAAACAACUGCAGAUCUCGGCUCGUCCCUCGCUUACCAAAGUGACACGGGAAAAGAACAAGAUCAUAAUACAGAGCGAUGGCGGAAAGUGACGAAACACCCCCUGUCUCGAAAAUGCACAAAUCCUAGUACCUUUUCAUAUUUUUACCGGCAUGUCAAGGUAAAUAGUUUUGUGAACCUCUUACAUGGUCAAUUUUGUUCGUUUUGGAAACCUAAUGUUUUAAUGAAAAUUAUUAGAAAAUUUACGCAAGUUAUGAACGGAAAAUACUCUAAUCUAGAUCUGUGACCGUAUACAAUCCAGGCCAACAAAAUAUAAUCAUGUAAAACUCGCGUGUACACGUGAAUUGCAUUUAAUAAAUGUAUACUGCGUAUUGUGUAUUAAUAAAUGUA